CCAACCCAACUCCCUUUAUUCAUUUUCCAAAACCUGAGCAGCAGCAGAGGUGACAAUCGGCAGCCGCCGCUGUCAAAGAUGCAAAUCUUCAUGGAAAUCCUGAUGGGGAAGGCCAUCACCCUUGAGAUGGAGUCUUUUGACACCAUCGACAAUGUCAAGGCCAAAAUCCAAGACAAGGAGGGGCAUCCCCCCGAAACCAAUGGCGCCUCAUCUUCGUCGGCAAGCAGCUGGAAACGGCUGUACCCUAGCCAACUACAAUAGCCGAAAGGAGCCAGAAGGAGUCCACCAUCCACUUCUUCCUCCACCUCCGUGGUGAUGCAACACCAAACCCAAGAAAAAGAAGGUCAAGUUUACCAGAAGGCUGGCGGUGAUUGAGGGAACUCUGGACUAAAUGUGCAUUCAAUGCUGAAGGGGAUCGAUGUGCUGUCCACCAAUUCUCAACCAAUCAAAUGGACCGGCACAUUUUUGUGCAGAUGGCAAAUACAGAGCAAGCCAAUUUUAUAUGUAUCUGAUGAGCAAGAUGUCAAUUACAAAGUACCAACAGCAACUUAUGGAGAAACUGAGUUGGAAAUAACAGUCCAAUCUCAACAGCAACUUAUGGAGAAGCUUGUGAACCAGCAAAGUGAAAUGCAAGAUCUCCUUAAAUGUUUGAAAGCACAGCUGCAAGCCAACAAGCAAGACGAUGAAGGCACAUCUGAACAUACUGAUUGAUAUAUUGCUCAUUUUGGAGGUUUGGAAGAAGAUUAGCAGUACGGCUUACAUGUCGACUCAAAAACUAUGGUUAUAGUGCUAUCUUAAGUUUAGAAAAUGGUUUGGUAGCAUAGAAAAUGUUUUGGGACUUGGAAUUGUUUUUUAGUGCAGCCUUGACUUAUAUGCCAAAAUUUUCUCUACUGAAACUUAUCAAACUAUUUGUAGUG